AGAAAAUACAAAGUUGGUGUUCACGCCAUAAGAAGGUAGUUACAGAAUGUGGAUGCAUACAGUUUACUGAAAACUCUACGCUAUGAAUUCAAGACAUGAAAAAUGCUAUUUUUACAUUUACUUGUUGAAACAGUUUAAAACACAUCAACAGAUUUAAAAAUAUAUUUUCAUUGAAACAUGAUAUUUCACUACACCUCGGUAUAUCGCUGUAAAAGGAUAUUCACUCGUUGUAAAUAUAUAUAAAUACAGAUAAACUGUAUGAUUAAACUUGUCGGAUGUGACGUUGAUCAAAUCGAGGGAAGCUUUUAUUUCAGCAAACUAUAAAAGGUGCAGAAAAGUCGCAAUGGUCUUUUCAAGGUUGACUGAGUAUUGAAGUGUCGCAAAAGAAAUGGUGUAGUGGUAGUGCUCUUGAAAUGGUUGGGAUAUCCCAAGAAAUUUUUGGAUAAAAGAAAGUGACAUUCAUGAGAAUUUAUUUUUAUAUUUAUAAUCGCAGUAUUCUGUCAUCCUCUUCAUUUCACGCUGAGAACAUCAUUAAAAAUGACUUACCAGUGACACAUAUGUGACAAAAAUACAUCUGUGAAUAGGACUUGGAAAAGACAUUUCAAAACUAGACAUCCGAUGAAAAUUGUAUGCAGCAGCCUCAGCAGCAGCUGCAGCAUCAGCAGCAGCAGCAGCAGCAAUCUAACAUUAAAAGUCGUCCAGAGCAGGAAUACAGCAUGACUAUCCUCCAGCAGCAGCAGGAAUAUAACUGUUAAAUAAAUGACCCUCAUGGGGUGACCAACUUUGAUCCAAAGAGGGUGAUCUAUUAAGCGGCAAGGACCUCAAGAAUGUUUCAAGUACCAAAUUACACCCAGACUGUGUCGAUGAAAUUAUCUGAAGUACUAGCUGAUAUAGGUGUUGAUGAGAGAAUAGUGCUGAAGAGGAGGAGAGCAUUGCUUCUGAGAGAAUCAAUGAAAAAUGUGAAUUACCAAUUACUGAAUGAAAAUGCUUAUAUUUUAUACUAUUUCGGGAGUCAAUCAGAAGGUACAACUACCAUAGGGAUGAAGUCAGACUCAGAUCAACUGUUUUGUUUAAAUGAUUUUCCUGUAAUACAAGAUUGGUGUGAAUGGAUACCUGAUGUACCUAAUCUAUUGAUGAUACAAGAUAAUUCUGUAUCUCCUGGAUACUGUUUACUUCAAGUGCUACAACGUGAUGCUCCUCUUCCUGCUGAUAGAGAAUCUAAUCAAUCCUUCUUUAGAGACAGAACAGGAAAAGUACUGCUAAAACAAUUUCUAAUGUUUGAUGGAUAUUUCGACAAAUUAAAAUUACAUGGACCAGCAAGAGUAGAACAAGGCUCACAUGGUUACUGUGAUACAGACAUUGUUGUAGCUCUGCACUGUAAAACAUGGCCACAACAAGCUAAACAAUGGUUGGAUCAACAAGGUGAAGGUCAAUGGCCGUCUGCUGAAAUAAAACAAUAUUGCAGUCGAACUGGAUGCUUUGUUGUUCCUGUUGGAUGUAGAAGGGGUGACUUUAGGCAACUUGAAUGGAGAAUAUCAACAUCUUUAGCUGAAAGGUGUUUAAUGUUAAACCUGAAUAUUACACAGAUACGCUGUUAUGUCUUGAUGAAAAUGGUUAUAAAAUCAUACCUUGAUCCAGAGUUUGAAGAUGUGAUUUCCAGUUACGUGUGUAAAACUGUACUCUUCCACUGUAUUGCCAAUUCACAUUUUUACAUUUGGAGAGAAAACAAUUUACUUUCUUGUCUAUCACUGUGUUUAUAUCACCUGUAUAAUAAUAUCGUUAAUGAAAACUGCCCACAUUUUAUCAUACCAAGGAACAAUUUGAUGAGGGGUAAGAUAUCAGCUGUAGUCAAACCAUAUAUCCUGGAAAUACUAAGCACCAUUAUCAACAGUGAAGGAGUGGCAUUAUUUGGUAUUAAAUGUGAUGAUCUUGGUUCCAGGCUACAUCUCAAGUUUUAUAACUUAUGUCCAUUUAAGUCAAGUGAUCGCAUUUCAGGAGUUGUAUUAUAUGAUGCAGCUAACAACAUUUCAAAUUUACUUCUUUUUAAUAGUUUCACUCUAAAGAACAAAAGUCUUAAUGAAGCUGUACAUACACUGAUAGACUGUAUAUCUAAGAUCUUAAAUGAUCAAUAUGAAGGAUUGGUUGAGACAGCCUGUCAACUUCUAGCACCAUGGUAUUGUACAACACUUGGUUCUAUGCUGGCCUCCAUCAACAUCAAUCAGCACAACACUGUAUCAGCUGAUGCCCUCAAGCUAAUCUCACUUGGUUUGUAUACAGAUGUUGCUUCAAGUAAACUGAAAUUAGCUUCAAUCUUAUACUGUGCACAAGAAAUAGAAAAAGCUGACCUGGUUCUCAGUGAGAUUGAAAGAAGCUAUGAUCUGCAAGUUGUUGAACCAGUCUGUAGUUGUUAUCCCUUAGAAAGAAAAGUAAGACCAGGAUUCUUUGCGACAUGUGACAAUCAUAAUGAAGAUGCCAUACAAUAUGCAACAGCAUCAUGUGUCAUAUUUUUGCCAUGUGAAAUUUACUGUGUACCCACUGAACUCCGGUAUGAAAUGAUAAGAUCUACACCGGAGGACAGAAUAUACCGCACAGAAAAUGAUGAUCACUGGAUGGAUUAUGCUGUGGUGGAUUCUCUCCCUUACCUGUACUUUCUACAAUACAAGGUUAACAGCCAUCUUGAGAGAAAUAAUGAAAAACAAUCUGCUCUCUCAAAACUUCAUAGAACCAUACUAACCGAGCAAAACCUUGGACACCGGGAAACAGCUUUAAAUAUUCUCGGAAAGUGUAUGGAACAAGAAGGUAGAGUAAGGGAUGCUCUACAGUGUUAUUUGAUGUCUCUAAAUCUAAGGAGAAGAAAUAAUGCUGCAAAGAUACAUAUCUGCACACUUCUAUCUGCAUUCGGAAAUUUCAGGGUAUAGAAUGUACAACAAAACGGUGGAAAAACUCACGUACAAAUUUUGAUGAAAGAGUGACAUAUAAAAGUAAAGGAAUAGUCCUGUAAAACAGCAUAUUAUAUAUAUGUAAAAUAUUUCUUUUUAUUAAAAAAAACCAGAAACUUUAAAUAUUUAAUAUAAUUCCGUCAGCACUCCAUAGAAAAUAAGAAAAUUAUAAAUUAUGAUAAAUGAAUGAGGAACAUUACUGCUAAAUAUCAUAUUAAAUCACAUACAUCCUUUAUAAUACUACGGACACCCUGCUAUCACAAUCUUUAUUUCUCUUCUGAAGAGAACUUGAAUAUUACUCUCUGUUUACAAUAACUGAUUUUACACUUGGCAUCACAUAGUCACUUAUGUGUGCGACCAGAACUAAUAACAGAUAAACAACAUGAUAAUUUGACAAUUAUACUUUUAUUAAGGUACUUCAUAACCUUGUGGCGGAAAUUUUGGCUGCAGACGGGCAAAACCCAUAAAUUUUAUCCAGUCCCGGGGGAGACUACUAACUGCCUUGUUACACUGGCAAGUCAGUGACCCAGGUUUACAACCUGGUGUCAGUCCCAAAAGUUGAACACGCUUAAGUGGACAGGUGUUAGCGGGCUGCCAAGAUUACAUCUGACUCCUGAGCAACGAGGGUCCCGGACGUAGCCCUGCCCUGGGCCUCCCCUCCAUACGUAGAGGUGGAGGGGGGUGCCAACGUAACCCUGGAGUGCACCCCACCAUAAUACAUAAAACUAAUACAUACAAUGAACCUGCAUGCUUUCAAGCAAGUCAGGCCAGGAGAAAGAGCCAGACAGUACCCGUAACCCCCUUUUUCGUCUCCCCGGGCCGCUCCCCCAGAUCGAAAAUUGUACCCUUCUCUGCGCCUGUGAUUUAACUGCAAAACAAACUGCAAGAAAUUUAUUUAUA